AUGAGGUAUAAAUCGACACUGCUCUUGUUCCACGGCAAAAAUUGCCCGCACUUCAGGAAAUUAUUUCCUGAAUAUGUGGAGAAGUACAACCAACAACAAGAAAAGGAGCACGGAACCAGAGCCCCAGCUCCUUCACCUGACACUGUCCAGGAAGCGGCAGCUACGGGAGGUAAGAAAGACCAUGUUAAAAUUUGCCGGAUUCGCAGCGAAAAGAAGCUGAAGAAGCGAGUGCCCUUUUGGCUGACGGUGGUUAUCGUCUCUGUUUUUGGCGCGGUGAUGGCCUUGCCCCUGAUGCAACUUUGACAGUAAAAAGUCGAAUAAAGUGUGACAGUGGUGCCGUAAUUUUGUAUAGCUUUCUGUUGGUUUGUGCAACUCAAUUCUUCAUCCGUGGACUGCCACCUUGGAGACAUGGUGAUGAACUCUUGUGAUGGUAAAACUGUAGAACCUG